AUGGCUCCUGCAUGGCAGCCUAUUCGCCCUUCAUGUUCAUCCCCUUUGACACCGGUCCAUGCAGCUCCUGUUCAUGCAGCUCCUCCACCACCACCUCCUCCUAAAGCUCGAGGACAUAUGAGUGUGGGAUCAACUGAUGCAGUUGCUAAGCAGGAGAGUGAACAGGAGGCAUCUUCUUAUGUGACUAGUCUACAGCAGAACCUUGCAAAAGCAGGUGCUGUGAAGAAGGAGCAGCUGGAUGAGGAGGGUCAUGAACCAGGGGUUGUGACUGCGAAGGAGGUUGCGGUUCUGGACAUUUCAGAUGAUCAAGAAUCCAAGGAGGACAAAGCACUCCCAAAGUUGCUGUUCAUGGGCAAAUUCAACUUGAAAGAUGAGCAGUUUCUCCAGGGCCUUCAGGAUGGUGAGUUCUUUGAGAGCAGGGACAGCAGUGGUCGCCUUGUCUACAGUUGGACCCAGUUGGAGCAGGUUGAGAGCAGGGGUUCUCUUACAACCGUUUCAAUGGCAGCCAAGCAGGAGCUCGACAAGAACCAGAAGCAGGUUGAGGCUGGAGCUUUUGACUCUUGGAGGGGCGGUCUUUUCUCCAGGGACAAGACAAAGGCUCUCCAUGAUGCAGCUUCUUCUGGCAGCGCUCCACUUGCCCUGUGCGACCGAGAGACUGAACUGGGGGAGUCUCUCUGGAAGAAAGCACAGGAGCAGCUUCAUGACGCAAAAAGGGCCUAUGAGAAGCUUGAGAAGGAUGUGAGGAAGGGCCUGCAAGAUGUAGGUGUUGACGCAAAGGAAGAUCCUCUUUGGACUACCUUGAAGCUUUGA